AUGUGUUAUCUCUUUUACUCCAAAAAGGCUAAGGAGCAAGGGAUUAGGAACUUCAUCAAUAUUCUUGGUGCUUAUUGUGUGGCUUCGGGGCAAUGCUUGAAUUACAUGAAAUCAGCUGAUCCCGUGAUCCCCCCUAAUUGUCGGAGACAUGACAUUAUUCUCAACUGUGAUGGGAUUUUUAAAAAGGGCAAGGCCGCUAUUGGUGUUGUUGUCAGGUAUUCGAACGGUUGCAUUGUGGACGGGUUUGGUGCAAAGGUUUUGGCUUCCUCAAGCGUCCAAGCAAAAGCUUUUGCGGUGAGGGAAGCAUGUCCACUUGCUACUGCAACAUAG